AUGUUAGACUCAUUUGAUCAGAAAAAGGCUCAGAUAUUGGCCGAAAUUGCAACGACUAAUGAAGCAAAUCCCGAUUUAUCUCCCAAGGGGACUAUUGACGAACUUUGCCUUCCGAUCAUGAACUCCAUAAAUUCGCAUAGUGAUAUGAUAACUACCUCAUCCUGUUCUGGAAGGGUCAGCGUUUUCUUAGAAGGGGACAAGAAGGGAAAUAGUAAGAUUGGAGCCAAGGGAGAUGGUGGUCAUUGGUUAUUUGUGACACAUGACAAGAGGCAAGUUUCUCGUUGGUGGAAAAACAUCGAUUUUGAGUGCCAAAUAGAGAAAUCCAACUUCAAACCCUCCAGAUUUGUCUUAUUCAAGUUUGAGCCUCUUAUUCUGCAUGUGAAAUGUAGAGACCUUACAACUGCCCAGAAACUAUAUCAAACAGCUAUGAGCUGUGGGUUUAGAGAAUCAGGUAUUGGCGUUAAUAAUAUAGUGGGGAUUCGAAUUUCCAUCAAGUUAGAUAUUCCUAUUGGGUACUUGAAUGAAGAAGGAAAGUGUGUUUUACUUGUGGAUGAGAAUUACCUGGAAUUUAUUGACAACCAGGCAAUCAACAGAUUCAAUGAAAAUGAAUCUAAAUUGAACCUGCUACACAGAAAGAUCAGUGAUAUGAUGUUCGCAACGACUGAGAUGAAAAUUGAGGAAACGAAAAAUGAAAGAAGAGAUAGGAAACGCCGCGAGGGACUCGCAAAGCAGGAAGCUUUAAUGAAGGAAAAAGGAAAGAAGUUAGAGAUGGGACAGAAUGAAGAACCUGAAGAUGGUUAG